AACUCCAUAAAGCCCAAACUUUCUUACUCUCUCUCUCUCUCUAUCUCUCAAGCUCGAGCUCUUUUUUCAUUAUCAUACAUGGGAAACCUCUGUUCUUUGUUUGCUCCGCCUAAGCCCAUCAAAAAGAGACGACCCAUCACGAAACGACAACCUUCCGUACCCAGAUCAUCUUCCGGUCCUAGAAACAGGAUCAGAUCAUCUUCUACGAGGGACAACAAGUUCGAAGAUGCCAUUUUGUUCGGACAGCAGAACGGAGGCGUGGACCCUGGAUCGCUUCCGUUUGAUCGGUCUGCAUCGCAACGUUAUCCUGUUUCUGGUUCGAAGAAGAAUCAGUUGCCUCGAAGCUCCAGCACAAGGUCAAGAUCCUCCACGGAUCCUCUGUUGCAGCCUCAUCAGUUUCUUAACAAGGGCGUAAAGCUAGAUGACUUGGAAACAAACCAUUUUAUCCUCAUCCACGGAGGAGGUUUUGGCGCUUGGUGUUGGUACAAAACCAUUGCCCUCCUAGAAGAAGAUGGUUUCAAAGUUACAGCCAUAGACUUAGCUGGUUGCGGUAUCAACUCCUUUAACAUAAACAGCAUCACAAGCUUGUCACAAUACGUGAAGCCACUUACUAAUGUUCUUGAAAAGCUCCCCACAGGAGAGAAGGUGAUCUUGGUUGGUCAUGACUUCGGUGGAGCAUGUACAUCUUAUGCCAUGGAACUCUUUCCUUCAAAGAUCUCAAAAGCUGUUUUCCUCGCUGCAGCUAUGUUAACUAAUGGUCAAAGCACACUAGAUAUGUUCUCGCUGCAGGCAG